GAUGGUUUUCUACAUCAAACGAAAAAAGUGGGAAGCGUACCAGGUUCGUAAAGCCACGGACACCGUUCUGAACCUCAUGAAGCAAGACCGCGAAAUUGUUUCAGAACAAUGGCGAGAGUCCGUCAUGCACCAAGUUACAGACGAUCUCACUCGCAUUUAUCUGUGGAAGCGUGUCGAGGAACGACUUCAGGAGAAUCCAUUAGUCAGAACUCGUAGAUUGGAUGAUUACAAGGGCCGCAGGUCACUUCAGUGGGACUGGUUGGGGGAAAAGCAUGCUAUUUACUAG